AUGCGCAUGACAUUGGCACUCAAGGGUCAACUGGCGCAGGUUGAGGUUGUGAAGCCCGAGAACGAAAUUACCGAGGCGUGGCACGUUAGUGACACAAGACACUUGGUAUUAUCUCUCAAGAAAGCGUUCCCUAUUUACUGUCAGCAAGAGGAAGCAUGGUUUGCGCAGUACUUGGGAGCAGAUAGUGUUUGGGAGCUAUGGCACGCCCGGAUAUGA